AUGAAAGCAUUCGUAAUUGCUAGCUUACUUAUUUCAUGCGCUUUUGCUCAGCAACAACAGCAACAACCACAGCUACAACAGCAACAACAAUUUCCAGUACCUCCAUUUUUGAUUGGUGCAUCACCAAAAGUUAUCAGUGAAUUUCAGCAGCUAAUUAAUAGCGGUAGACAACGAACUGAUCGUGAAAUGGAGCAGGCAGUUGAAUCAUGGAUUGCACAACAGAGUCAAAAAAUUCAAGUCUCUUUUCAAAAAUUCAAACAGCAAGCAUUAAAUGCUUUACAACAAGCUGAAGCACAACAUCAAGCAUCUGCAGCAAAAUUGUCACCUGAAGCAAGAAGAGUUGACGCACAAUUAAGCUCCAUUGCUAAGAGCGUUUCAUUGACACCAAUGCAGAAACAGGAGCAAAUUGACAUGAUCAUUAGCAAGCUUCCGGAAAAUGUCAAACAGGAAUUGCAGCGAGCAAUUCAAGGCUAA